AUGGGUAGUUCACAGACUUGGGAGGAGAUUGUCUCCCAGAAACGGAACAUUAGGGACCAACUCAUCGCACCGUACUUAGUCGACGUAACUCAACGUCUACCCCAAGUACAGAAUGCCGAGGAGCGUACUCGGCUAGAAGAUCCGUUGUAUCAAAAGAUCACAGAUAUUGACAAUGUCGGCGCCCUGUUGAAAUGCCUGGAGAAAGGGGAGUUUCGAGCAGAGCAGGUGGUCAAGGCAUAUAUCCAACGGGCUGUGGUCGCGCAUCAAUUAACAAAUAGUUUGACCGAGGUUCUUUUCGAAGAUGCCCUGAAACAGGCAAAGCAGCUAGACGCCGACUUCACAGAAACUGGAAAUCUUAAAGGUCCCCUACAUGGAAUUCCGAUCACGCUGAAAGACCAAUUUAACGUCAAAGGCGUCGACACGACCCUGGGAUAUGUGGGUAGGUCUUUCGCCCCGGCCCAAGAAGAUGCGGUGCUCGUGGAGAUCUUAAAGAAGAUGGGCGCUGUUGUCAUCGCGAAAACAAACAUUCCACAAAGUAUCAUGUGGGCGGAAACCGAGAAUCCCCUUUGGGGACUCACGACUAAUCCUCGCAAUCCAAUUUUUUCUCCCGGUGGUUCAACUGGCGGCGAAGGCGCUUUGUUGACAUUGCAUGGAUCACUAUUCGGAUUCGGAACUGAUAUCGGCGGAAGUGUAAGAAUCCCACAGGCUACAGUGGGCUUGUAUGGCUUCAAACCAAGCAGCGCUCGGAUCCCCUAUCAGGGUGUACCCGUAUCCACCGAAGGCCAAGAACAUGUCCCAUCUUCUAUCGGCCCGAUGGCCCGAGAUCUCCGGUCGAUCUGCUAUGUGAGCCGUCUGAUAGCGAACAGCCAGCCCUGGGAUGUUGAUCCACGAUGUGUUCCUCUUCCCUGGAACGACACUGCAUUCCAAGAGCUCCAAGACCGACCUAUGGUCAUCGGCUUGAUCCUGGAUGACGGCGUGGUUGUGGUCUGGGAUACAUCUGACCAUGAGGGAUGCAUUGAGAUUAUGGACCUUUUCUACACAGUCGACGGGUGUGAGGAUAUUCGUCGGGAUGUAGCCGCUGCCGGCGAGCCGUUUAUUCCACACGUUGAAACGCUGCUUAACCGCGGCAAGGCUAUCUCGGUUUAUGAGUAUUGGCAGUUGAACAAGCGCAAGACUGCGGUACAGAAGAAGUAUCUGGAUAAAUGGAAUGCGGUGCGGUCUCCGUCGGGUCAGCCUGUCGAUAUUCUGUUGAGUCCUACUUUGCCGCAUACCACUGUGCCCCACCGGAAACUUCGUUGGGUUGGCUAUACCAAGAUUUGGAAUUUGCUGGACUAUCCGGCUUUGACGUUCCCGGUGGACAGAGUGAGAGCCGAGGUGGAUGUGUUGCCGUCGGAGCCUUAUGUUCCAAGAAACGGUCCGGAUGAGUGGAAUUGGAAUAUUUUCGAUGCGAAGCAGGCGGAUGGAUAUCCGGUGAAUCUGCAGAUCAUUGGGAAGAAACUCCAGGAAGAGAAGGUACUGGGGGCUGCUACAGUUAUUGAGAAGCUCUGGAAAAGUCAUGUCGACAAAUCCGAUUCAGCUAUCUAG